AUGUCCCCGCGAUGUCCCCCCGGUGCCACCAUCAGUGUCCCCAUCCCUGUCCCCCUGGUGUCCCCCUGGUGUCACAUCAGUGUCACCAUCAGUGUCACCAUCGGUGUCCCCGUCCCUGUCCCCGCCGGUGCCACUCCCCGCUCACAUCGGCGCCACCUCAAGGCCGCCACCGCGGCGCCAGCGCUGUCCCCGCGCGGAGGGGCCGCGACCCCCCCCGGGACGCGAUGGGAGAGCUGCGGGUGCUGCCCCUCCCCCCACCUCAUCAUCAUCAUCCUCCUCCUGCUGAGCGGGGCUCACCUGGGACAGCCCCAGGUACCCCCGGAGUCGCCGCUGGAGCCGAAAUCCCCGGCCCAGGUGGGGGAUGGGCAGCUCACCUGGAGGCGGAGCCGCCGGCACAGCCCCCACUUCCCGCUCUGCUCCUUCUGCUGCAACUGCUGCCGCAACCGCGGCUGCGGCUUCUGCUGCCGCACCUGAGCGCACCUGGGAACACCUGGGAACUG